AUGGCACCAGAAGGCUGGAUGGGACAGCACACUCUGUGGAGCAUCUGAUGGGAUUAUUAUGAGCCUCUCUUCUUUGUUUUGGAGCUUUUUUCACCAGGUUUUCAGACUUUCAUUCAAAGACAUGAUCAACUAAUUUAAUAUCAGUGAAAAAAAAAAUCUGAAAUAUAGGAACAUCUUUUUUUUUAAAUUGGGGCCCGGUUGUUGUUUCUUUUAAGCUCUGAAGGUGUUCAGAAGUAAUAUUAAAAGAUUAUAUUAAAAGGAUCAUCUUUAUUAUCCUAACUUUGUGGGAUGCAACCAGGCAAAAUAAGGAAUUCCUACAGACUUGCAGCUCAGAUUUGUUAUGAUAUAUGGGACUACGUUGGUCCUAUAUUCUAGUGACGAUAUGAUAUGAUGGUAUAGUUUAGAUGUUGUCUUUACAGAGCUUGAACCUUCAGAGAAACAGCUGUUCAAUCAAACUUAACUGGACUGAACUGCAUCCGCUUUACAUUUAAAAAAAUUUUUUCAAUAAAGUUGCUUUAAGAUUAUCACACCAGUAUGUUUCUCAGCAGAUGGAGACACUUGACACAGAGUGGACAUGAUAUAAAGACCUUGGCAGAAUGUUGAUCUGGGACAAAAGCGAGAAAUCUGCUGAGGUGUUGCAUUUAGUUUUGUUGCAUCCUUGCUGUCUAAAGCUGGAAAAACUUCUCGUGUUUUAACUCUAAUAUUCGAAAGUAGAUGUAAUCCUCUCUCACAAUGAACAAAGAUAUCCGCUUUCCCAGGAAGACGAUGCAGAUCAACUACUCAACACGGCGGCACUCAUGUAUUGGUUUUGAUGUUGAGAAUGGGCUGUCUGUGGGCCGCAGUCCUCUGGAAUCGCAGGCCAGUCCAGGCUCUGGCCUUGUACGACAUGCCAAUUUCCCUCACAGUCAGCGGCGGGAGUCCUUCCUGUAUCGCUCCGAUUCUGACUUUGACCUCUCACCCAAGGCCAUGUCUCGAAACUCAUCCACGGCCAGCGAGCUGGAAGAUAAUUUGAAGCACUGGGAAGUCAACUGGCUCACUCGACAUGGAGAAGACAUGAUAGUUACACCAUUUGCACAGGUCCUUGCCAGCUUGAGGACAGUGCGGGGCAACUUUGCCAUUUUGACCAAUCAGCAGGACCGUGUGCCGAGCAAGAGGUCCUCUGGAAACAACCCACCAUCCAUGUGCAAGACAAGCCUACCAGAAGAGCCAUUUCAGAAGUUGCCGGUGGAGACACUGGAUGAAUUGGACUGGUGUCUUGAGCAGCUAGAGACUCUGAAGACACGCCACUCUGUCAGCGAGAUGGCAUCCAACAAGUUCAAAAGAAUGCUGAAUCGAGAGCUAACACAGCUGUCAGAAACAAGCAAGUCAGGAAAUCAAGUCUCAGAGUUCAUCUCCAGCACUUUUUUAGAGAAGCAGCAUGAUAUGGAGAUCAUGUCCCCACCAACCAAGGAGAAGGAUAAGAAUAAGUGGCCCAUGUGUCAGAUCAGUGGGGUGAAGAAACCCACAAACAGCUCCAGUGUGGCAGCUUCCAGCAUCCCGCGCUUUGGUGUCAGCACUGACCAGGAAGAUCUGCUAGCCAAGGAAUUGGAGGAGUUUGACAGAUGGGGUGUGGAUAUUUUCAAGAUAUCAGAGUAUUCUCGCAACCGACCAUUAACAGUAGCAAUGUACACAAUCUUCCAGGAAAGAGACCUGAUGAAAUCCUUUAAAAUUCCCAUCGACACAUUCAUUACCUACAUGAUGGCAUUGGAGGAGAACUACCACUCCGAUGUUGCGUACCAUAAUAACUUGCAUGCAGCUGACGUGGUUCAGUCCACCCAUGUCCUUCUGUCCACCCCUGCCCUGGAGGCUGUAUUCACUGACCUUGAGAUCUUGGCUGCAAUGUUUGCCAGUGCAAUACAUGAUGUGGACCACCCUGGAGUGUCCAAUCAGUUCCUCAUCAACACAUACUCAGAGUUGGCUCUCAUGUACAACGAUUCCUCUGUUCUGGAAAACCACCACCUGGCCGUUGGCUUCAAACUACUGCAGGAAGAAAACUGUGACAUUUUCCAGAACUUGACCAAGAAACAGAGGCAGUCGCUACGUAAAAUGGUCAUUGACAUGGUCCUAGCCACAGAUAUGUCAAAACAUAUGAACCUGUUAGCAGAUCUCAAGACCAUGGUAGAGACCAAGAAGGUGACAAGUCUGGGUGUGUUACUGUUGGACAACUAUUCUGAUCGCAUACAGGUUCUUCAGAACAUGGUGCAUUGUGCUGACCUGAGCAACCCAACAAAGCCCCUGGAGCUCUACCGACAGUGGACAGAUCGAAUCAUGGUGGAGUUUUUUACUCAGGGGGACCGAGAGAGAGACAAGGGCAUGGAGAUCAGUCCCAUGUGUGACAAACACAAUGCUUCCAUUGAGAAAUCACAGGUGGGCUUCAUUGAUUACAUAGUGCACCCACUAUGGGAGACCUGGGCAGAUCUGGUUCAUCCUGAUGCUCAGGAUAUUCUUGACACAUUGGAGGACAAUCGUGAGUGGUACCAGAGCAUGAUCCCUCACAGUCCUACCGCCACCCCAGAAGAGAAGAGCAGUGUAGCCGGACUGGGAGCAGUGGGGGGAGGCAUUGCCUCAGCAGGGGAGAAAUUUCAGUUUGAACUGACCUUGGAGGAGGAAGGGGAGUCUGAUGUUGAGAGUCCUGAGGAUGAAGAGUUUAAUGCCACAGGACAGGAUUCCUCCAGGACAGAUGCAUCUUUAGCUCCCCACACACAGCACUCUAACCUGACUGCUCGGUUCCCUAGCUGCAGGACAUUGUCCUUUGAGAUGAGCGAGCUACCGGAUAGUGAAGAUGAAGACAGAGAACUUGACCAAGAAGGGAAAAGUGUGACGUGUCUGAGACUGGGAACAUAACACCAGUGCACUUUGUUAGCUUUGUUUUUAUUAAAUUUUUUCAUAACUCUUCCUGACCCAGCUCCCUGUCCCUCUCCAUCCCAUUCUUAGCUUCCUAUGGCAGAGGCAACGCAGAGCAGGAGAGCAACGGACGGUGGGGUAGAAAAGAUUUUACAGGACAUGUUUUUAUGCAAUAGUCACCUUGCACUGGAAAGAGCUCUUACUCAGUCUGUAAAAAAAUUGUUUUCUUAUAACGUGUUUUUGAAAUUCUCAGUCUGGUGACUUCGGGAUGCUGUCUGACUAUACUGCAUAAUACAGUCUAAACCGCAGUAUAAAACUACCUGUGUUAUGGACUGAGAGGAAAUAUACUUACAAUAAGUUUCUUCCUGUGACAUCUGAGGAUUAAAUUAAUGAACAAGGUGGACUUUUGAGAGUUUAUUCCUGUUGUCCAAACAUAUUGAUUUAUAAACAGGACACUUGUAUGUUUUUAUGUGAGAAGUAUAUGUGCACUAAAAUGUUUUUAAUAGAUACACUGUUGACUUAAAGCUGGUCUACAUACCUGAACAAAAAUGAACUAACCUUAACAGAACAGCUCAGGAUACAAAUAAAUGAUUGCUUUCAUGUAGCAAAGACAUUGAGGGUACCUACACAGUGACCGCCAUCUUCCUGGGAUUCCUAUGAAACCUUUAAACUGAAAUCGAGCCAAGAGGGUGAUCUUUUUAUUUAUUGUAAUGUGGCUCUACCUAGUGCUUUAUAGUGGAACUACUUCCACAUUUACACCAUCUGAAAACUGUGGCUCUGUAUUAUGUAAGAUAGCACUUUAGAAACAUCAUUGUCAUUGCCAAACAUCGCUCUAUCAAUAAGGGCUGGAGAAUUUAUUAACUCAGUGUGGAGGACUGGAAAUCACCAUGGUCUGCGGGGUAACCAGAGUGUGUAACUGCCCUGUACCAUUUGCUGUUUUGUCUAUUUAAGACUGGGCUUUGAAACCCAUGUAAGCUAUCUAGAAAGUGAUCAGUGUCCUUAAACCACAUGUGUACUUUCUCUCUGAUUCUGUGCUGGUCACACUGAAAAUAUGAGACACUGGUUUGUAUUAACAUCUUUCAAAAGUAUGAUAUCUAUAAAAGUGAACAGUUUUGUAAUAAAACGAGAGCUGUGCCACUGCAAGAUGCACAGUUCAUGCCUAACUUAGUGUUUAACACAUAAAGCCAAAGUUUGUUUUCUGUGCCAGACCUUAUAUGUUGUUUCAUAUUUGCGAUUGAUCAAUGCUCUGCUCUUCCCGGGACAAAGCCAAUGACAGUAUAAGUGCCAAGCAAGCAUAAUCAAUGCUCUACUGUAAUUUCCAUUUUGCCACUGGCGAAUUUCCAUCAAUGACAUCUACUACUGUCAGUAGCAUACCAAUUUGAUCAUUUUGUUAUUUUUUCUUUCUUUCUUCACAAAUUCUCAUUUUGUCAAGAUGAAACGCUUAAGAUUGUUCAUGAUUAAUAACAGGUGUCAAAAGUCUCUCUGACUAUUGUAAGUCACAGAUAUUUGUGUGUCCUUUUUAUAUCAUGGUAGAUCUUUAUAUUUCUCUUAAAAAUAAAUGGAUUACAGUAAAUUGGGCUUUUAAAUACAGCCUUUAUUUUUAUCUUAAUGUCAGUUUGUGCUUGUUACAGCAAAGUCUUGUGUGUUAAAAGAAAUGCCAGGUGGCUAUGAAAGGUUUUUUACUAACUUAUUCACGUGGCACACCUCUGUUUUGGUCUUUUUCUGUGCAGAUCUGACUUUCCCAACAAUAUUUUUUACCACUACAAUGCUGUUACUAAUGUUCCUGUGACUGUUUUCCUGUUUCCAAUGCCAAUAAAUGAAAAA